GUCCUUAGGGUGCUGAUUCAUACAAAACAAUCCCCUUCUCACGUCACGUGUUUUCCUCAACCGGAUUAUCGACAGGUGGCAUCGGCGACAAAUGCCGAAUGAAGGAGUACAGUACCUCCACCCAGAUCUGGAUUCUGCAAUUCGCCAAUCACUUUGUUUAUAUCACGCGCCUUCGGCGUUUCCAUGUACUUUCUAAAGGAAUAUUAAUAUCCGAGGGCAAAAACGACGAGAGCGACACACGGCACGUGCUCGGUUAAGUAAAUGUGAUGUAAAAUAUGCAGUUCGGAACGCGUUUAAUGAUUUUCACGGGGAGAGGUCAGGUGAACGUGAACGCCACACCGUUUGAUUGACGGGUGGCGUUGGCCCAGUUAACAAUAGAAACGGGAGUGGUUUGCGCCACAGUGACGAAAUGGGUGUGUCUGCAGGACCUAGCAGCCAAUCAGGAAAAGACUAAGAACCUGGAAGUGGCGUUCGCCGUGCUGCGGAGAGGCGGGGCGGUGUUUCGGGGCUGUGGAAACCCGACAGAGCUACGGAAGCGGCGAGAUUAGAGAAAAGAGAAAAGAGGGUGGAGAGAUGUGUGGGACUGCACUGUGAGCGAUACUGCAGGUACACUCGGACGCAGUUUACGCAGCCGCACCGGGCCGCGGCAAGACCGCAUUGAAGCCUUCCUCUCUCCUCGACACCCCCCCUUCUCUCGCGUAAGCCCCGCAAUGUCUGGCGGAGGAGAGGCAAGGUACGCCCGCAAGGAGACCGGGCAAGAGAACCCGAGGAUGCCGGCCUGGAAGCGAGAGAUCUUGGAGAGGAGGAAGGCGAAGAGCGGGGCGUCUGGGGGAGCCGCUGCCGCGGAGAAUGGCGCAGGUGGGAGUCCGAAACGCGGUAACGGGGAGCAAACGAUUAACGGCGGCACCGGCGGGGUGCCUAACCGAGACGACGCACACAUCGGGCGGAACUAUUCCAUCGCGGCGGCCAGUCAGCACUUCGCCAACAACAAAGACGCGAGACCGGUGGGCGCGGAGGGCACGGCGAGGAGCCACGCUGACGGACAGGAGAGCUUGGUGCUCCAGGAGAGUCUGGGCCCGCUGGAGGAGAACCCGUUCAUCAAGCUGGAGAAGGAGCGGCGGAAGCGCCAGGACCGCGAAAACGCCACUCGUCCGAUCCAGCACAUUUUGGAGCUUUACGGUAACGUUCCUGGUAUACGGACUAUCAGAGCAGAGAACAUUCUCAUCAUCGAGUCGGAUCCUGAUUACGCUCACGACGGCGAAGAAGAUAAAAGUCCCAUUUGGCCACAAAACGGUUAUAGCUCAGUAAAUGAUCUCUUGGACAGGAGAGGGAACGCCGUCACCGAGAUAAGAGCCAAGGAAGUGGUCAUUUAUGACACCGCGUUGAGUAAGAGCGAGGAGAAUCUGAGCACCCUCGGUCACCCAAACCACCGAGACCCAUCGUAUGAGACGGGUGAGGGUCAAGGGAUGGUGAGCCGAAUCCUGCAGAAGUUUGACUCCAACUACGGGAAGCUGCAGAAAAAGUCUCACAGCACAGAGAACCUGUUGGACCUCGAUGGAAGUGCAGGCAGAAGGCAGAGGACCCGGGUCAAGCCGCAGCUGGAUCUCAUGCCCAAGCCCAAAACGGACUCCGUCAAAACCCCGGGCGGCAGGCAGCCAUCGUCGCCCGUCCUCCAGAGUUCUCUCAAGACAAAAGCGCAUUCUCCCGCACUUGAGACGGGCAGCCCGCAGCGCAACGUUGAAUCCUCUAAUCAGGUGUUCUCCUUCCGCCAGCGGCUCGAAGAGAACGGCGACGGCGCGACGACCGUCACGCCGAGAGACGAACCGGACAAGGCACGCGAGGUGACCCCUGAGGUGUCCCUCAACUCCAAGGUGCCAUCAUCAACGCAGAGCCAUUACUCCCUUUCAUCCAAAGUGUUGCACACAUCGCCCGACUUUGAGAUCCGUCCGUCCCCGAAGCCUGACCUCGCCCAAAUACCCGACCGAGACACUCAGGCGCGGGCCCUGGCAAACCUGCGCAUCCAGUCCAAAAACUCCUUCAUGGUGAUUCCCAAGCGACAUCUUGCACCCUCGCUUGAAAGUGGCCACACGGCGCCGCCCAUUGCAGCUGAAUCGUCCCCUUGUCACAAAAGGGCGGAGCGGCCCGUCCCGGGAGUGGCGUCUUCUCACACAUCCACACCCGCUCAAAUGCUCCAAAAACUGAAGGCCGCAAAAAAGGGAAAGGAAGUGGUGCGGCCAGACUACCCCUAUGCCACCGUUGCCACAUCUCCUACGUCGCCCGUGCCCUCACGGAAUCGGUCUCCGUCUCCAACCACCCUUUCUCCACCCGCCUUGGCUUCUCCUCCCUCAUCGCCCGCUUUCUCUCCCCUCGCCCUCUCACCGGAACCUUCGCCCACGUCCCCGACCGACGUGGCUCCUCCUGCAGAAUAUCUCCCCAUCACAAACAUUGACGAUAUCGAUGCGGGACCUCCACCUCGAGCGUCUGAGCACAGCCCCAGGAUGCCGAGAAGGAAGGGCAACACCUUUACCGUGGUGCCUAAACGUCGGGCGGAGGCCGAGGGCAAGGCCGCUUCCCCCGAACCCCGGCAGGAUCCCUCAAGUGACGCGUCACCGGGGUCCACGCCCCCUCAGGCGCCGUUCACUCAGCUGGGCUCCCUGCUCAAGAAACGCUACCCUGCUGCUGAGGAGAUUGAGGUCAUCGGUGGCUACCUUUCCCUCGGAAAGUCCUGCCUCACCAAGACGGGCACCCUGGGCAAGAAGCUCAAGAUCUCCUUCAAUGAGACAAGUCUUCACAGCACGUACGAGUAUCCGUCCGAAAGCAGCGCUUGGGACAGCGGCGAGGAGGCGGACCAGGACAAACAGGAGGGGAAGCUCGCUGAAGAACUGCCCAGCAUGGUGGGACGUAUCCACAUCCCGCGGCCCACUUUCACCAGCUCGCCCACCCACACCGGCAGCAGCAACGACCUCUCAAACUACAUUCCCAAACACUCGAUGGACUUCAGCGCCUGGCAGGAAUACAAACAAGAGGACAACGCGAACAAAGAGGACGCCACUUCCCAGCAGACGCAGUUGACGGAGGAGGUCAUGCUGACGCCGGCGGACAGUUCGUCCCUGUCGGACUACAGUAGCGAGCCCGCUCUUUAUUUCUGAUCUAAAACGGCACUGAAGUAGCACCUCAUGGGCGGGACCAACGGGAGACCGGCGAGGACUGCCCAUACCUGGACCUGAACCACUUCUAACUUUGCCGGGCCCCCGAGCACACUUUCCCCGACGCCUUCGGGGAACGCAAGCCACGGUAUUUAUUGCCACGAGAUCGUACAGUCGAUCGUGUUCACACCUAAAAAGCAGCUGGGCUGUUCACCCCCCAACCCCCCCCAAAAAAAAAUCCUGGGCAGUUGAUCUGUCAAACCAUAUCCGAUCCAAUUAAAUAGCUCGUCGGCAGCCGCCCCGUGAUUUUCGUCCACUGUGGUUGGCAUCGGGGGGGGGGGGGGGGGGGCCACGUGGGCUUCAAAGUGCAAAUUGCCACCCAGAGCUGCCAACGGCCCACGCGGAGGCAACACGUCAAAUGAAGGUUGCGUUUCCUCGCUUGCAGUAAAACGACCCAAAAGAACAAUCUGAAAGGGUGCCACACAUCGUUUCGUUUUUGUACGCGCGCUUUGUUUUGGUCGACGCAACGGCUCAAGUUGUUUCUCUUCCGGUCAAACUUCCAGAUGCCUUUCCGUUUGCUUUCUUUUGGGAUGUGGUGGCAAACCGUAUUGAAGCUGCUGGACGGUCGGUGCAGGCAAACUUUGACACGAUGCGGAGGCCAAGUGUAAAUGACAUCAACGCGUGCACACUGGAGGAAGUUUUCUGUAGCAACUUUUUUUUUUUUUUUUUUUUGACCAAUGCUUGAAAAAGUGACCUUUUGCCAAAAACAAAAAAACAAAUGUCCGGACUGCUGGUGAGCGACGCACAGCGGCCGAAUGUCUCCGCAUCCUCCUCCUGAGCUUCUUGGGUAUUUAUUGCUUCUCAGUGUUGACGUUUGCAUGUCCUAAACCUGCUCCUGUACAAUUUUUUUUUUACAUCACGUUUUCUGUGUCAACGUACAAAGAAGCAGACGGGCGAGUUUGGACUGAUCAGCCCGUAUCGGACCUCAUCUACUCUCACAUUCCACGGAGGGAAAGCUGGUCCGCUCUAAAUGAAAUGAAGGUUAAAGUUUUAAUGAAGGGUUGUUUUUUUUUUAUGGACAGGACUGCACCACGUUUCCAUGAUGAUGAUGAUGAUUUUCUUUUUUUUUAAACUCAAUAUGCCAAGUGAUCAAAGUGUUGCUGUAAACGGCCUCCGUCCUUUACACUCAACCGCGGCCAGUAUUGUCGUGCAGUUUCAUUGUAACGCCAGCUUAUCACGAUGAACGUGUACUUCCCGCUCGGCCCCCCCCCCCCCCCCCCCCCCCCGACGGAUGACCUUUAAUAAUGCCGCCGAGACUUUGCGCUCAUGCUCAUGCCGGUAUACAGUCUUGGAUGUUGAAAUGUGCUUGCACUGUCGUGCUUUUUGGCUUUUUGUUUUGCACCUGGUUCUCCUCUCUCUGUUGAAGUUGUUUACUUGACGGUAUGUCACAUCUAGUCGCUGACCAUCAACAAGAAUUCCGUUGGGACUGUUUUUACAGGCUGGAGUGCAGUAAUUCACGUUUUGUUAUUUUGGUGGGGUGGGGGGGGGGGGGGGGGGGGGGCAAAAUGUCCUGAAAGCGUCAACGCCGAAUGCACUGCCGAUGGAUGCAAUGUCCACUUUUGUACACUCGCUGCAGCCUUGCCUCUUCAAUCUGAAGAUUGUUGGACUGACGCCAUGGCUGUGUUCGUCCUGGAAUUUUAUAGUCUGGAAAAAUAGCAGUGGAAGCUCCAAAGCAAAAAAAAAAAAAAAAAAAAAAGUUUCUUUUGAAAGUGAAUUCACUUUACAGGCAAUGUUGUCAUUUACAUUUGAGCAGCACUCAUCCAAUAGAAGUAUAAAAAUCAGUAGAAAGAUGAAAUCCGGUCCAAACAAAGACUCUUCCGGAAAACGCUUGACAGGCGCAUGAUCAAAGGGAACAAGGCCGAUCAUCGCCAUUGAUGGGAGCUGCAUUGCGCCAAUCAAUGUUGUGCUCUUUAUGCGUCACUGCUACAGUAUUUUCUUGCUAUUGUGUGUCGUCUGGCGUGCGGUGAUGGCGCAACGCCAAACGGUCAAUUUGAGUGGCAUUGGAUUUUGGAGGUUCCACUGUACUUCACCCGUGACGGUUUACCAACCAUGAGUCUUGUCGUACCCGAAUGUAUUUUGAAUCUUCAUUCCAAGCAAAAACGGAUUUUCCAAUAGCCGGACGAGGCUAUUGGACAGGAUUGUCUUUCGCAAAAAUUGUCCAGUGUCAGCUUGAGCAUUGCCAAAAUGAAAUUGUCAAAUCCCCAGCAGGUGUUUUGUAUACGUCUCGCCGCACUCAACGUUCAAAGUGUAAAAAGAAAAAUAUGCUCUUAGGAGUCAGAAUGUGUUGGGAAAUAAACGUUUCCCAAAUGCGAGGACACGCAUUGUGUCGUUAAUUAAUUGCGUCGCCGCCUUUCAACUAAAGAUGCAUAGAAUUUUUGGUGGGCUUGUUUCUUGUGGUCUCUGAGCAAAACGACCAAAGCGGUCACGUUGCCAGCAGUUUGAAACACCAGCAAGAACGUUCCAAAAACGCCCGAUUACUCCGAUAGCCAAAACGUGCGACUUGUGAAGCGUACACAAAACCAGCAAUGUUGCUUUUCCAAUCCCUUCUUGCAAAAUGAGCAGCUGGUGGUAAAACACUCCAUUUUGUCCACAUUUUUCCUUUUUUUUUAAAAAAAAAAAAUCUGCAUUGCCUCCGGUGUGUAAAAUUAUUGUUGAUGAUUUGAGAAAAAAAACAAACAACUCAGUGAUGUCAUACUGUACAGAUGUACGUUAAAUAAAUAUCAAACUGGAAGAAAUGUAAA